ACUUCUGGGGAACCCUGGGGCUCGGGGCGCGCGACCAUUUACUGGCGCCAGCAGGCAGCGCGAGCAGGGUUGGUCCCAUGGCCAAGCUUCUGAGCUGCGAUUCCCUCCGGCCCCCUGGGAUUUUCUACCUUUUUAGUUCCUUGUUCACUGGACUACUCUUACCACGGGCUGUCGCCUUCAAUCUGGAUGUGAUGGGCGCCCUACGGAAGGAGGGGCAAGCUGGCAGUCUCUUCGGCUUCUCGGUGGCCCUGCACAGACAAUUACAGCCCCGACCCCAGAGCUGGCUGCUGGUGGGUGCUCCCCAGGCCCUGGCUCUCCCUGGGCAGCAGGCAAAUCGCACUGGAGGCCUCUUUGCUUGUCCCCUGAGCCUAGAGGAGACAGACUGCUACAGAGUGGACAUCGACAGAGAAGCUAAUGUGCAGAAGGAAAGCAAGGAGAACCAGUGGUUGGGAGUCAGUGUCCGGAGCCAGGGACCCGGGGGCAAGAUUGUCACCUGUGCGCACCGUUAUGAGUCUCGACAGAGAGUGGAUCAGAUCUUGGAGACUCGGGAUGUGAUUGGUCGCUGCUUUGUGCUAAGUCAGGACCUGACCAUCCGAGAUGAGUUGGAUGGUGGCGAGUGGAAGUUCUGUGAGGGGCGCCCACAGGGCCACGAACAGUUUGGGUUCUGCCAGCAGGGCACAGCUGCCACCUUCUCCCCUGACAGCCACUACCUCAUUUUUGGGGCUCCAGGAACCUAUAACUGGAAAGGUACAGCCAGGGUGGAGCUCUGUGCACAGGGCCCGUCGGACCUGGCACACCUGGACGACGGACCUUACGAGGCGGGGGGCGAGAAGGAGCAAGACCCCCGCCUAAUCCCGGUCCCUGCCAACAGCUACCUUGGCUUGCUUUUUGUGACCAACAUUGAUAGCUCAGACCCUGACCAGCUGGUGUAUAAAACUUUGGACCCUGCUGACCGGCUCACAGGACCAGCCGGAGACUUGACCUUGAAUAGCUAUUUAGGGUUCUCCAUCGACUCUGGGAAGGGUCUCAUGCGUUCGGAGGAGCUGAGCUUUGUGGCGGGAGCCCCCCGCGCCAACCACAAAGGGGCGGUGGUCAUUCUCCGCAAGGACAGUGCCAGCCGCCUGAUACCUGAGGUGGUGCUGUCGGGGGAGCGCCUGACCUCUGGCUUUGGCUACUCACUGGCGGUGGCUGAUCUCAACAAUGAUGGCUGGCCAGAUCUGAUUGUGGGCGCCCCCUACUUCUUUGAACGCCAAGAAGAGCUGGGAGGCGCCGUGUACGUGUACAUGAACCAGGGUGGUCGCUGGGCAGAUGUCACUCCUCUCCGGCUCUGCGGCUCCCCUGACUCCAUGUUUGGGGUCAGCCUGGCUGUCUUGGGGGACCUCAACCAAGAUGGCUUUCCAGAUCUUGCCGUGGGAGCGCCGUUCGACGGAGACGGGAAAGUCUUUAUCUACCAUGGGAGCAGCCUGGGGGUGGUGGUCAAGCCUUCACAGGUGCUGGAGGGCGAGGCCGUGGGCAUCAAGAGCUUCGGCUACUCCCUGUCCGGUGGCCUGGAUGUGGACGGAAAUCACUACCCGGACCUGCUGGUGGGCUCCCUGGCUGACGCGGCUGCGCUGUUCAGGGCCAGGCCGGUUCUCCAUGUCUCCCAAGAGCUCUCCAUUACGCCGAGAGCCAUCGACCUAGAGCAGCCCAACUGCGCGGGUGGACGCUUGGUCUGCGUGGAUGUGCAGAUCUGCUUCAGCUAUGUUGCGGUGCCCAGCAGCUACAGCCCUGCCGUGGCCCUGCACUACGUGUUAGACGGGGACACAGACCGGAGGCUCCGGGGCCAGCUCCCACGCGUGACUUUCCUGAGACGAGGCCCGGAUGACCUCAAGCACCAGUCCUCAAGCACUGUGUGGCUGAAGCAGCAGCAUGACCGCGUCUGCGGAGACACCGUGCUGCAGCUGCAGGAGAAUGUCAAAGACAAGCUCCGGGCCAUUGUGGUCACCCUAUCAUAUGGUCUCCAGCCCCCUCGGUUACGCAGACAAGCUCCUGGCCAGGGGCUCCCCCCUGUGGCUCCCAUCCUGAAUGCACACCAACCUAGCACCCAGAGGACCGAGAUCCACUUCCUGAAGCAAGGCUGUGGUGAUGAUAAGAUCUGUCAGAGCAACCUGCAGCUCGUGCAGGCCAGAUUCUGUUCCCGGAUCAGUGACACGGAGUUCCAGCCUCUGCCCAUGGAUGCGGACGGAACAACGGCCCUGUUUGCACUGAGCGGGCAGCCGUUCAUAGGCCUGGAGCUGAUGGUCACCAACCUGCCCUCGGACCCCGCCCGGCCUCAGGCAGACGGGGAUGAUGCUCAUGAAGCCCAGCUCUUGGUCACCCUCCCAGCCUCACUGCGCUACUCAGGAGUCCGCACCCUGGACUCUGUGGAGAAGCCACUGUGCCUGUCCAAUGAGAAUGCCUCUCACGUUGAGUGUGAGCUGGGGAGCCCUCUGAAGAGAGGUGCUCAGGUCACUUUCUACCUCAUCUUCAGCACCUCAGGGAUCACUAUCGAGACCACAGAGCUGGAGGUGGAGCUGUUGUUGGCCACGAUCAGUGAGCAGGAGCUGCGUCCAGUGUCUGUUCGAGCGCACGUCUUCAUUGAGCUGCCGCUGUCUGUUUCAGGGGCUGCCUCUCCCCAGCAACUUUUCUUCUCCGGGGAGGUGAAGGGGGAGAGCGCCAUGCGGUCUGAGAGGGAUGUGGGCAGCAAGGUCAAGUACGAGGUCACGGUCUCCAAUCAAGGCCAGUCACUCAACACUUUGGGCUCUGCCUUCCUCAACAUCAUGUGGCCCCAUGAGAUUGCCAACGGGAAGUGGCUGCUGUACCCCAUGCGGGUGGAGCUGGAGGGUGGACAGGGGCCUGGGAAGAAAGGGAUCUGCUCCCCAAGACCCAACAUCCUUCACCUGGAUGUGGACAGCAGGGACAGGAGGCGGCGAGAGCUGGGGCAGCCAGAGCCUCAGGAGCCUCCAGAGAAGCUGGAGCCUAGCACAUCCUGGUGGCCGGUGUCCUCUGCCGAGAGGAAGAGAAACAUCACUUUGGACUGCGCCCAGGGCACGGCCAAGUGUGUGGUAUUCAGCUGCCCACUCCACAGCUUUGAUCGCGCGGCUGUGCUGCAGGUCUGGGGCCGCCUCUGGAACAGCACCUUUUUGGAGGAGUACAUGGCUGUGAAGUCCCUGGAAGUGAUCGUCCGAGCCAACAUCACCGUGAAGUCCUCCAUCAAGAACUUGUUGCUCAGAGACGCGUCCACACUGAUCCCAGUGAUGGUCUACUUGGACCCCAUGGCUGUGGUUGCAGAAGGAGUCCCAUGGUGGGUCAUCCUCCUGGCAGUGCUGGCGGGGCUGUUGGUCCUGGCCCUGCUGGUACUGCUGCUCUGGAAGCUGGGAUUCUUCAAGCGGGCGAAGCACCCCGAGGCCGUCGUGCCCCAGUACCAUGCCGUGAAGAUCCCUCGGGAAGACCGGCAGCAGUUCAAGGAGGAGAAGACAGGCACCAUUCAGAGGAGCAACUGGGGCGCCUCCCAGUGGGAGGGCUCUGAUGCGCAUCCCAUCUUGGCUGCCGACUGGCACCCUGAGCUGGGUCCUGAUGGACAGCCUAUGCCACUCUCUGCCUAAGUUCUCUUCACCCUUCCUC